GUUCAAGAUGGUGGCACACAUGGGAAAAUAUUGAAAAUAUGACAAUAUCUUCGUAAAUAUCCUCGUAUAAGCCAAAGUUAUUCACUAAUAGAAAAUACAUUGCGAAAGAAAGGACCAGUUUAUCGGAAGUGACAUCCAGAACAUAGAAAAAUUAAAAGACUACUAACAUGACAAAGAGAAGAAAGAAACAAGAAAGGUGUCCAGUUUUACCUCAGAAUGCCGCAGAUCAGGAUUCAGACAGCGAUGACUCAGCUGUUGAUGCUGACGAAUUUUUCAACAAAAUCAAACAAGUAAAACAAACUUAUGAAAGUAAAGCCAGGACUAUGACUACACCAGAUGAGGAGAUUAAUGAUGAUAAUGACAAUGACAGUAGUGACAUUGAUGAUACUGACAAUGGUGUUAGUGACAUUGAUAAUGACAUAGAUGAUAGUGAUGAUGAACUUGAUAAGUCUGAUGAAAAUGAAGGUCAGAUUAACCAGCAGGAUUUAACAAGUGACAGUGAUGAUGAAUCUGAAACAAAUGAUUCAGAUAAAGAAACAGAUAGUGGAAGUGAAAAUGAUCAUACGGAUAGCGAUAACAAUUCAGACACUAGUAGAAAUGAACCAAUUGAUGAAGACACCAGUAAAAAGAAAAGAGAAAAAGACACAGGAACAAAUAAACAAACAUAUGCUAGUAAUGUUGACAAAGAUGAAAGUGAUACUGCUGAGUUCAAUGAGGAUGAAGAACUGGCAUCCAUCAAGGCAGAGUUAUCUCACAUGCCCUUUGAGGAACUGCAGCAAUUAAAGGAAAAAUUGGGAGUCAAAUUAUAUAAUCAAGCUAUAUUUGGUACUACAGCAUCAGGGAGACCAUCAGGGUCAAAGAACAAGGUCUUCAAAAGGGCCAAUAAGAAUAGACCAAUGGAGAUAUCUUCAAAACGAAAACCAAAGAGGUUAAGAGAGGUCAUUGAGGUCAAGAAAAAGGUCCAUCGUGAUCCAAGAUUUGAUGAUCUGUCAGGAGAGUACAAUGAAGACUUAUUUAAACAGUCCUAUGGAUUCAUUGAUGAUGUUAAAGCAAGAGAAAUGAAGAGACUCAAGAAAAGUAUGAAAGUUGAGGCUGAUCCUGAAAAGAAGGAAAAACUGAAAUAUUUACUGGAUAGAAAAGUGCAACAAGACCAUACAGAAAAACAGAAAACCAAGAGGAAAGAUGCAGACAGAGUGUUAAAGAAACAGGAACGGGGACUCAUUAAACAAGGAAAAACACCAUUCUAUUUAAAAUCAGCUGACAAAAAGAAGCUGGAACUUGCUGAGAAAUAUAAGGAACUGAAGAAGAGUGGAAAACUAGAAGCCUAUUUAGGAAAGAAACGAAAGAAAAAUGCUCAAAAAGAAAGGAAGAAGUUACCUUUCAGACAAGAUAUGGACUAGACAUUUGUUUAUAUAUCAUUUUUAUUCAAAAAUGAGUUUUUUAAAUAACAUCAUAUUCAUUUCACAUAGUUUGUCAUCAAAGAUUCUAUCCAAAUAAAUGUGCAAGCAAUAUUAUUUAUUCUAAUCAAAUUUUCUCUACUUUGUAUUUUUGGUUAGACUAUGGUCAUUUUCCACCAGAUGGAAUAUUUUAUUCCACUUUAGAUUAAAAUACCUAAGUCAUUGUCUACUUUGAGAAUCAAACAAUUUCAAGCGAGGUAUUCAUUUUGCCAUAUGAUUACUAGUUAUGUUUCAACACCGUUAACAUAUCAUUACUGGAUCUGGCAAGUAAUAUUUAAACCUGAAUUACACCUCCAAAUGUAGAAAUUGGAAGUGUAUCAUGUAACAAAUAUCUCAAUAUGAUGUAUUUGACUCGUGAGAGCAGUUCCAUUCAAUGCACUAGUUCUGCCAUAUUUCGCUUUGAUACUGAAUACAUUUUGCUAAAUGUCUGAUCCCAAAAUGUCCACUAUGUAGUCCUGCAUUAAGCCUCUACU